AUGUACAGUGAAAUGCAGACCGGAGACAAAAUGAAACAAGACUUGAAAAGUAAGAGAGAGAAGCUUAGCACAGCAGUCGAUAAGACGCACUAUGCCGCGGCCGAGGUCACAGCACCGGUGAAGGAUGAAAUAGCCGUAAAGGUGAAGUCAAUUCUUACCAAUGAAAUUGCCAAGCGUACGACCGAAGAUACAUUCGAUAUUCGAGGAAAAGAGGCAGACAGCCAAGCAGCAAUCGAAAAUGCCGGCAUACAAGCAGACCUUGACCGCACUGUCUCGGCAAGACAAGUCUUGAGAGAUACCUCCUCCAAAGAGAUGCAAGCAAUGCGUACAGAGCAUGAAGUCCUUCGCGCCAAACAUAAUGCACUAUGGAUCAAAUACGAAACACUCUGUACUGACAACGAGGCCCUCCGAACGCGUAAUGAAGCCCUACUCUUAGAGGGAAAGGCGCUGCACCCCCGGACUGAGUCACUUCCCGCCGAGAACAAGGCACUGCAACCCCAAAACGGGAUGCUUCAAGCCGACAACAGGGCGCUACGCUUCCAUACUGAAGCACAAUUCAUCAAUAACUAG